AUGGUGGAUAACGAACGAAAUACCCACCAUGCGGCACCAGACAAAUCCCUUUUGAAUGGGCCAGCCGUCUCCUGGCAAAACCUGACAUUCAUUCGAAAAGUCAAGAACCCAAGAGCUCUUCUGGGUAGCUUUCCUCCCGAAAUCGAUCCUGUUGAUGAGUAUAAUACGCUACCAACAAAUGGAACGGAGGAGGGGCAUCUGGAACGAAGGGCGACUACUUCAUACUGGUUGGCCAAUGUUCCACAGGGAAAUAUGCCACUUGCACCAAGUGGAUAUAAAUUCUUCCGCAACGUGCAGGAUUAUGGUGCAAAAGGAAACGGCAUAAGUGAUGACACAGUUGCCAUAAAUAAAGCGAUAGUUGAUGGUAGUCGUUGUGGCCAAAAGUGUGGAUCUACUACUGUCCUAGGUGCUAUGAUAUAUUUUCCUCCGGGUGUCUAUAUGGUUAGCGCACCUAUUAUACAAUACUAUUAUACGCAGUUUAUCGGAGAUGUUACAAGCCCACCUACAAUUAAAGGAUUUAGAAACUUUUCGGGAAUUGCCUUAAUUGAUAAUGAUCCGUAUAUUCCUGGCGGCAAUGGCGACGAGUGGUAUAUAAACCAAAAUCAAUUCUACCGACAAAUUAGGAAUUUCGUUAUGGAUCUCACGCUUAUGCCUAGCAAUAAUACGCAAGGGGACCAGACUUAUUUUCCAACAGGCAUCCACUGGCAAGUAGCCCAAGCAACCUCACUGCAGAAUAUCGUUUUCAACAUGCCUGUUUCUACGUCAGAAGGAUCUACGAAGCAUGUGGGUAUUUUUAUGGAAAAUGGCUCAGGCGGCUUUGUGGGGAACCUGACUUUCAAUGGUGGAAAUAUCGGAUUCAGAGCAGGUUCUCAGCAGUUUACAGCCAGAGACCUUACGUUCAAUCAAUGCUUGACAGCGAUUUCGAUGGUUUGGGAUUGGGGCUUCAACUGGCAGAAUAUAGUUGUGAAGUCUAGCAAAGUAGGAAUAAAUUGUUCCGAUUUUGGUGGUGCCGAAAAUCAAGGCAUUGGUUCAAUUGCAGUGAUCGACUCGUACUUUUCGAACGUGGAGAAGCCUAUUGUCACUCGUUCAGGCGGAGUGGCUCCACAGAUUGUUCUUGACAACUUGCUAGUUGACCGUAGCACAAGAGACAUAAUUUAUGGCUCAAAUGGUGAAACCAUCCUGGCCGGAUCACCGAGCGGAGCUCCCAUUUCUAUAAGAUCAUGGGCAUCUGGUCGCAGAUAUACCAGUACAAAUGGCAAAGGGACCGUAGUUACCGGACUGGUUGACCCAGCGCCAUCGAAACCAGCAGUUCUCCUCGACUCAAGAGGGAAAUGGUUCACGCGAACCAAGCCACAAUACGGAAAUUUAGGUGCCAGCGAUUUUCUAGUUGCAACAAACAAUGGCGUUAAGAAUGAUGGUACAGGAGACCAAACUUUGGCCAUUAAUAGGUUACUAGCCGGUGCUGGUGGGAAAGUGGUUUUCUUCCCUGCAGGUAUUUACCAGGUUAGCGGUACUGUCUUCGUGCCUGUUGGUACCAGAAUGGUCGGAGCAGCGUGGUCGCAAAUCAGGGCUACUGGUUCGUAUUUUGGAGAUGAGAAUAAUCCCAAGGUCGUGGUGCAAGUUGGAACUCCUGGUGAUAGUGGAGUCAUUGAAAUCUCGGAUAUGCUUUUUACUGUUAAGGGCGCAACAGCAGGAGCUAUUCUGAUGGAGUGGUGGGUUCACGAAAGCACACAAGGGUCAGCUGCUAUGUGGGACUCUCAUUUUCGAGUGGGCGGUGCUUAUGGUAGCGACCUUCGGAUGGCAGAAUGUCCCAAAGGAAGUGUUUAUAAUGAAUGUAAAGCGGCUUCUAUGUUGCUUCACCUACAGCCAGGAUCGUCUGGCUAUUUUGAGAACAUCUGGGCAUGGACCGCCGACCACGACUUGGAUACGCCAGUGACCGGCAAAGACACUUCAGCGACUCAAAUCAGUAUCUUCAGUGCUCGUGGCAUCCUUAUAGAAUCUCAAGGCCCAACAUGGCUCUACGGUACUGCCUCGGAGCAUAAUGUCCUGUAUCAGUAUCAGCUGUUAGGUGCAAAAAACAUUUACUUGGGCCAUAUCCAAACUGAGACUCCCUAUUAUCAGGCUGUGCCCGGAUCACCAGCACCAUUUGUUACAGACCCAAAAUCAGCCAGUGGAGUAUCAUUUUUUAAAGACGAUCCUACGUUUGCAGAUUGUCAACCUCUUUCAUUCUGUGCAGAGGCAUGGGCGUUGCGAAUCUUGAAUUCGACGGAUAUCUUUAUUUACAGUGCAGGUCUCUAUAGCUUUUUCCAAAACUACAAGUUGGACUGCAACCCUUUUGAGAGGUGUCAACAAAGACUGUUUCAAACCUCAUACUCUCAAGGCCUCUGGAUAUAUAAUAUAUUCACUAAAGGUGCUGUCGAAAUUGUUAGCCCUCUUGGAGGAAUUCCUCCUCUCCGCAGCAAUGAUACAAAUAAGAAUAGCUAUACGACUGAGAUUAGCGUAUGGCUGCCUCUGGCCCUCCUUGGGUCUAGUAUUGGUCAACCAUCGGAUGGCUCUGGCGGUUCUGGAAAUGUCUUCAUUGAUCCCAAAGUGUGGUCAAGCCAGAAUCCGACAGUUACCUGCAAGGCUCCCUGCACGCUCAUCCUUCCACCAAAAACCCUUUCAACCACGACGACCAUUUUCAUACCGCCAACGACUGUGACCUUUUCAGACACUUUUUACACUACAGGAACUACAACCGCGGACGGGACAAUCUUUACUACUACUGAUCAAACAGUCAUAUAUUUGACGAGUACAAUUACACCGAAACCUGUGACAACCAACAAGAUCAAUGUUUGGGCAGUGACAAUACCGUCAUAUGCAGUCGGUCCCUAUACAAUUGAAAUGACUAGUAGCAUAGAUCAAACUCCCAUCGUCAUUACGCGGACAAAAACGCCACCUAGUACUCUUACAAAUACACCGAGAACAUCUGUUAUCACUGACCCUUCUGUGACCACAACGACAAUCUAUUUGACACCAUACCCACCUACAACAACAUCGGGCGGCGACACCGACCUUAACACAACACCGACCACCUGGACAGAUGGUCCUCCAGGGCCUUCUUGUACAGCUGGUUGCGGAUCUCCGUGCUUUCUCUGGUGUCUCUUUGGUUGGGGCCCAACUUGCUUGCUUUGCCCCCCUCCGUGGUGCCUUGGUUGUCCUCCUAUAGGAGGUGACAAUGGGGCUGGUGGAGGCGGAGGUGGAGGUGGCGGCCCAGAUGACCCAUCCAAAUCAUGCAAAACUGUCACUGCUACAUCAUGUUUAACUCUUUGCAACCCAAGCAGCUGUACCUCCACUACUUGUUCUCCAGUGGUCCAGUGCUCCGCGACCAAUACAGCAACAACCACAACCAAUGGAGGCCCUGAGGCGACACCUCUGUCGAUCGAAGAUUGGGAGGCUUGGAAAGGUUUCCCAGGUCCUACUGGCGCAGCUCUUGGUCCCUUUGCGGCAGCCCAAGGUGCAUGGGUUGCUGGAAUAAUGAGGGGAUUGACCAACGGGGGGCCCAAUCCUACUAUUACAACACCACCAACCCCAAGGCCUUCUACUUUUUCAGUGAUACAAGUGACAACUUCUCAAGUCAACAUUUACGUUGAGGUUGAAUGCUUCUCUGUAGGUUGCCCAAGUCGCCAUUUGUGGAAUAACUAUUAUGCAUAUACCUAUCUCGAUCCCGAUCCGGGCUCUAUUGACGUAUGCACCGCGCCGGUAACUCAUCUCGACGCUACAAAUGCAGCGAUACCAACCUCGCUCCCUAACGUGAGUGUCUUUGGCGAUUUGUGUAAUUAUGUUCAAACAACGCCAUGGAGCUCAGUCAAUGCGGGUGCUACCAUAGGCUUACUGGCUUGUGACACGAUUGGUUAUAUCUAUUGCACAAAGCUUGAUCAAACCCACACUUGCAACGGGCAACUUGACCGACACCGUCAUGUCGCCGCAUGUGCCCGAGCUACAAAUAAUUAG